AUGGAUAUGAAUGGUGAGGACAGGUAUACGGACAACAUCGCUGAUGGCCAAGUGGACCCGAGGAUUCAGCAACACUUGGAGGAGAAACUUAAUGAACGUCUCGCAAAGCUUUCUAAAGGUGUCGCCGUUUUGAAAAAGAAAGAUCGCGUUACCGAUGCUCUAUGUGCUACCCGUGCCGCUUAUGAAGAGGGAAUCGUAGCAGGAGGAGGAGUCGCGCUUCUUCGAGCUCUUGAAGUUCUUGAAGGGUUCAAGCAAAUGGGUGUAAACAUCAUCAAAAAAGCAGUUCGUCUACCAAUCAGCACUAUUGUCAGGAAUGCCGGAUUGGAACCAGCUUCCACAGUUGAGAAGAUCCCACUGAAUGACAAUACUGGUUACGGAUACGACACACUCAAUGACAAGUUUGUCGACAUGUUUGACGCUGGUAUCAUCGAUCCCACAAAGGUUGUGCGAACGGCGUUGCAAGAUGCCGCAGGUGUAGCUUCGUUACUUGCUACGACGGAAUGUGUUGUUAAUGAAUUACCUAAAGAGGACCCAGUGCCAGGCAUGGGCCCUCUGGGAGGAAUGGGUGGAAUGGGCGGAGGAGGAAUGUUCUAA